AUGGACUCCCCCGUCUGGUUCAUCACCGGCGCCUCCUCCGGCUUCGGCUUCGAGAUCGCAAAGGAAGCCCUCGCCCGCGGCCACCGCGUCAUCGCAACAGCCCGCAACCCCUCCAAGAUCUCCGCCCUCGCCUCCGCCGGCGCCGACCUCCUCCCGCUGGACGUCACCGCCUCCGAGGCCGCCAUCACCGACACCGUCGACUCGGCCUUCGCCCUGCACGGCAAGAUCACCCACGUCGUCAACUCGGCGGGUUACGCGCUGGAGGGCACCGUCGAGGAGGCCGACGCUGCGGAGGCCUUUGACCAGUUCAACACGAACGUGCUCGGCACGCUCAAGGUGUGCCGGGCCGCGGCGCCGCACCUCCGCGCCCAGGGGUUCGGAGUGCUCGUCAACUUCGGCAGCCUCGGCACCUGGGAGGGCUGCGCCGCCGCGGGGCUGUACUGCGCGACCAAGGCCGCCGUGAGCAACCUGACGGAGGCGUUCCGGGACGAGCUGAGUCCCUUUGGGGUCGCGGUGUGCAGUCUCGAGCCGGGCUACUUCCGCACCGGGUUUCUGAACCCGGGCGCCCGCGUCAAGGCCAAGGUCGAUCUGGAGGCGUACAGCGUCGGCCCGGCGGGGAAGUACAAGAAGCUGCUCGACGCCGCGGAUAACCACCAGCCCGGGGACCCGGUCAAGGGGGCGCGCGUUGUGGUGGACGUCAUGACCAAGUCUGGGGUUGCCGAGGGGAGGGAGGUUCCUGUCAGGCUUGUGCUGGGAACGGACUGUCUUGCUGCGGUUCGGCGGAAGUGUGAGGAGACUCUUCGGUUGAUGGAUGAGUGGCAGUCGAUCUCGGAUACGACUGACUUCUAG